GGGGGGCCGGCCGCCACUCCGGCCCCAGGAUGCAGAAUGUGAUUAACACGGUGAAGGGAAAGGCACUGGAAGUCGCCGAGUACCUGACCCCGGUCCUUAAGGAAUCAAAGUUUAAGGAAACAGGGGUGAUCACUCCAGAAGAGUUUGUGGCAGCUGGAGAUCACUUAGUCCACCACUGUCCAACAUGGCAAUGGGCUACAGGGGAAGAAUUGAAAGUGAAGGCAUACCUACCAACAGGCAAACAAUUUUUGGUAACCAAAAAUGUGCCAUGCUACAAGCGGUGUAAACAGAUGGAAUAUUCAGAUGAAUUGGAAGCUAUCAUUGAAGAGGAUGAUGGUGAUGGGGGAUGGGUAGAUACAUAUCACAACACUGGUAUUGCAGGAAUAACUGAAACAGUUAAGGAGAUUACACUGGAAAGCAAGGACAGCAUAAAACUUCAAGAUUGCACAGCACUAUGUGAAGAGGAAGAAGAGGAAGAUGAGGGAGAAGCUGCAGAUAUGGAAGAAUAUGAAGAGAGUGGAUUGUUGGAAACAGAUGAGGCUACCCUAGACACAAGGAAAAUAGUCGAAGCUUGUAAAGCUAAAACUGAUGCUGGAGGUGAAGAUGCUAUUUUGCAAACCAGAACUUAUGAUCUUUACAUCACUUAUGAUAAAUAUUACCAGACACCACGACUAUGGUUGUUUGGAUAUGACGAGCAACGGCAGCCUUUAACAGUUGAGCACAUGUAUGAAGACAUCAGUCAAGACCAUGUGAAGAAAACAGUGACAAUUGAAAAUCACCCUCAUCUCCCACCACCUCCUAUGUGUUCAGUUCACCCAUGCAGGCAUGCUGAGGUCAUGAAGAAAAUCAUUGAGACUGUUGCAGAAGGAGGAGGAGAACUUGGAGUUCAUAUGUAUCUUCUGAUUUUCUUGAAAUUUGUACAAGCUGUCAUUCCAACAAUAGAAUAUGACUACACAAGACACUUCACAAUGUAAUGAAGAAAGCAUAGAAUCUAUUCUAAUUAUUGGUUCUGAUUUUUAAAGAAUUAACCAGAUGUGACCAUUGACCAUAUUCACCAGUACAUACAGUUUCUCUAAUAAAGGGACUUAUGUGUUUAUGCAUUAAAUAAAAAAAAGUUCCACUACCAGCCUUAUUUGUUUAAUAAAAAUGAGUGUAAAGAGA